AAUGAUGCCAAAGUUUUGUGAGGUGGCGACGGCCAGCCGCGUCUCCAGGAACGGACUGAACUUCACCUCCCGUAUCCAUUGUAUGCUGUCUUGAAGAUGGGCAUCGCAGCAGCCCCCAGGGACGAAACCACAACCUUUUCUCUCAAAAGACCUGGAGGCAGAACUCAAUCUGGCUUUUCCUGCGGCUUCUCCUGCAGGCUCUUAGACGAGCCGCUUCAGGCUUGCUGUGGCACCACGAUAAGUCGCUUUCCCCUCCCUGAUUCUAGGAAUAGAAGUUAAAUGUAUCUUCUUCCAAGUUUCUUUGUCAAAGCCUCAGAGGCAGAGCUGAGUAGGACAUGGCUAGGGUUUGCUGGCCUCAAGCUGCCUCAAAACCCUAAUGAGCUCCUCGAGUCAAAUCUGUUGCUCGUCUUUCUCGGGGCGUUGGUUUUGAGGAGGUCAGGACGCGCCCUCCAGCCCCUUUGGCGCCCCUUUGCCCUGCAUGCACAAUAACGUGAAGAGGUGAUCAUCAUCUUGUUGCAUUGUAAAGACAGGGCGUCUCACCACUUGCUUUUCAUAGUUCAAGGAGCUUGGGCUUUACGCGGUUGUAAUGCUGUGAGCUGCGGAAGCAGAGAUGGGGCGGGCAAAGCAAGCUGGCGCACAGAAAAGUGCGCGGACGAGGGACGUACAAUUCGACGAAUCUGACAAACGGUCGGGUAAGAGUGGUCAAGGACCUCGUUGGCCUGAUCUAUCUGCUAAGGCCAACCUUAGUCCGGUGUUACACAAGGACUGGCAGCUCUUCACAGUCCCUGGAUAUCUGACCAGGGGCGAAUGCAUUGCCUUCAUUGAGCAGGCGCACGUCCUUGGCUUCAAACACGUCAGCAGCAAAGGCCCUGAGGCGGGCGAAGCUUUCAGGGACAACGAGAGCGCCUCAACGGUGGAUCCUGCGUUGGCCCAACGACUUUGGGACGGUGGACUGGCCAGCAUCUUUGAAAGGCAAGUCCCGGCCGUCGGGGGCCGUCGUGCGGUUGGCUUGGAUCCACACAUUCGCUUCUACUGUUACAACCCGGGGCAGCGAUUUGACAAACACAUCGACGUGAGCAUUCCUCACGGGCGCGGCAAACGGACAGAGUACACGCUCUUGGUCUACCUCUCGGGCGGGCCCGCCUCCGCAACCAAAGGCCUGCCGCCGCUAGAAGGUGGCGAGACGGCGUUCUAUGAUGAGCAAGACAACAUCGUAGCUGAGAUCGCGCCGCGAGCUGGCACAGCUCUUCUUCACAUCCACGGCAAUCGUUGCAUGGGGCAUGAAGCGCGCGCAGUUACUGCAGGGACGAAGUUUGUCCUAAGAAGCGAUGUCGUCUUCUCCGAGUCUUAAAAACCCGGGUUGCGUCGAGGGUGGCUAGCGAGGGCCUUCGAUUGCCUAGUCCUAAACGGACGGCAUCACCUUUGGCAUGUCAAUGCGUAGGUAGGAGCGAAUUUCGCGUCAGGGUUGCGUCAAGUCUACACUUUGUCAACUAUAAACAAGAAAUGCAGGGCAUAUGGCAUCCUGACAGCUUGCAGUGGCACGAAGCAUAAGGGUCAUAGUACGUCAGGAACAAGGACAUUUUGAAGUUGUUGACGUCUUUUAAACAUAUGUGAGAUCUGGCGGUACACAACACGGCACUACACUACUUUCGGGAACCGAUGCUUCUCAAGUUAAGUCGGAAUUGGAGAAUCAAAGAACCGAUUUGACUAGUGAGUCAUGCAUAUAGUACAGCCCUGUUUUCUGCUGCCAGCGCUUUCGUUUCUCUAGAUCUAUGGAUCGAAUUCUGUUGGAAACCCCGGUUCCAUUCUAUUAAAGCUCCCAGCCUGCCGUGUGUCUUGUCUGAGAGAGUUUCGAGAACUUAUAUUCUUGGAGGCUAC